GAAAGAAUACGAGACAUGAAGGUGUUGAAUUUAAUAAGGGAAUUCGAGUUGCGGAAAAUGAAGGAAUCUGAGACUAUCAAAGAAUACUCAGAUCGGUUGCUUGGCAUUGUUAACAAGGCACAAGAGCAAAGGAGGCUUAUGAGGCAAGAUGGUAUGGUUGAAGGAGCCCUGGCAGCCAACCACAAAACUCAAAGCAAGGGUAAUAAUGUUAAAAAAAAUUACCCGCCUUGUCAGCACUGUGGCAAAAAAGGUCAUCCACCAUUCAAAUGUUGGAAGAGGCCAGAUGCAAAGUGCAAAAUUUGCAACCAACUUGGUCAUGAAGCUGUAAUUUGCAAAGGCAAAUAUCAAAAGCAUGAAGCAGAUGCCCAAGUCGCCAAUGAAGAAGAAGAAGAUCACUUGUUUGUGGCAACUAUUCUUUCAACCAAAAAAAUCUGAUUUUUGGUUGAUUGACAGUGG